CAAGUUAUUUGAUAUUUAUGACGCCUCAUAAAUAUAAGGCAUAAAAUAUUUUGCUGCAAAUAACGCAGCUUUGGAAAGUCAUAGAAAUAAGAAAUGUCAUUGGUAGUAGUUAUUACAUUAAUAAACAUUAACAGUAUGUUUACAUCAAGCGUCCGUGGUAAUACAUUUUAUGAUUUUAAUGAAGAAAUAGAAUCGAUUACAAACGAACUAUUUACAAGUUUAGGUCUGACGAGCAAUUUUCAUUUGUUUGAGAACAUCCAGCACUUACUGGAAGCCCAUUUUAAGUUAAGGAACAUAUCAGAGACCAAUAUUGAAAUAUACAAUAUUAUGAAGCAAGUAAGAGACCCUUACCGCAAAGAAAUCGAUGAGUUCUUAAAAAUAGACCAAGUUCUAAAUGAAUUGUCUUAUAAUGGUUCGUAUUUAACAAAAGAAACGACGUUUGAGAAAAUACAAAUCGAUAAUAUUUUUGAGAACAUUUCUUCUUUAGUAUUUUCGCAUAAUUUUGGAGAUAAAAACUUUACAUUUCAUAUAAACGAGACCAAAAAAGAUAACAUUGAUAGCAAUGAAAGUAUCAAUGAGUCGCAAGAGGUCAUGCAUUCCACUGAACAUAAUAUGGAUUUUAUUGAGGAUUUUUUGAAAAAAAUUGAUAAACUCACAAUCAACGACUUCUUGGAUAAAGAAUCUGAUGUGUUCAUACAAAAAACUAGAAGGUUCGAAAAUAAUCGAUAUUAUGACUUAAAAAUAUGGAGUGAAAAACCAAAGAGACGAUUAUACAAAGGCGAGGCGACCGGCAUCAAUGACUACCCAUUCAUAGUGAGCGUUCACGUCAAGGAAGAAUUCAGUUGCUCUGGAAACAUCAUCAGUAAAGCUUUUGUACUGACAUCAGCUUCCUGUCUACAAACUGUUUACAAAAAUCGUCUUAAAGCACACGACCUACCGAGUGUUGUUAUAAGAAUUGGCAGUGACUUUAUUUCAAAAUACGGUGAAAUGGUACCUAUUGUAACAAUUUUCUUCCAUCCGAAAUAUAAUCCGACGUAUUUAAAAAACAACAUCGCAAUUCUCAGAAUGGAAAAACACACGUAUUUUAGAACAAAUAGAAAUAUAAGAAGGAUUGAUUUUGACGAUAGAAAAAGAAAAGUUCUGGAGAGCUCACAUCAAAUCGCCCUUCUGGGUUGGGGGUCGAAACUUCCGGUUGAAAAAGUCAACAGUAAUGAACCACUCGCAUAUACAGAUUUGAAUAUCUUCAAUCACGAGAAGUGUAAGCAAAUCUAUUCAAGUGACUAUAUUACAGGAUCCAAUUUUUGUGCUGGAUUUAUUUUUAAAGGCGGUGGUGCUUGUGUGAAGGACGACGGUGGCCCAGCCAUUGUGAACGGUAUACUAGUUGGAGUUGUCAGCUUCGCUCCAACGAUUUGCGGGGCGCGGAACUCACCGACUGUGUUUACAAAACUGAGCUGCUAUAGUAAAUGGAUUCGAAGCAUUAUCAAUGAAGACGCCUCAAUGCAAUGGAACACUACAACUCAAAAAGAAACCUUAUCCCAAUCAAAUUAUACUCGAAACGUUCAUGUUAAAAAGACUGAUAACGAAAAUAAUUUAAAAAAUACAGGGAACAAAGACUUCGAGUCUUACAUCCUCCGUGGACAAAAUGAUUCUAUAAAAAAAUUAAACAAAAAAUUACCAUACGAGAUCAAGUUAAAGGUCAACAACAAGGAUAAAAUAAAGAGCACGAUGAAAUACAACAAAACUCAUGUUGACCAAAGAAAUGAUCAAAAAAGUGUUGUAGAAUUACCAAACAAUUACAACUAUUAUAGUGUUGAAAGAGAUUAUUCAGACGAAGAGGGAUUGAGCAUAGAAGAUAUUAAAGAAAAUACACUAAAACAAGAUAAUACAACGACUCGAGACGCUGAAACACAAUCUGAUCGUAAAACUGAUGUACAGAAAGAAAAAGUCAUAGAGGAACAUUUUAUUAAUAUUCUUGAGAACAUUUUAAAGAUAUCGACUAAAAAGCAAUUUAAAGAUUUCUUACGGCGAGUUACUUUAAGUUUGAAAUCGACUCUGGCAACGCAAACUCACAAACGUAAUAUAAGAAAUGGCGACACUUUAAUAGAUAGAAAAAGACAAGCAAGCUCGACUAAAGCUAUGUCCUCGACCUCGACCACGGCAAAGCCCUUAAAUAUUUACAAAAAAAUUAUUGACUUCUUCACCAAAAACUGAAGUUCAGUAUCACUGACAUUCUGUUAGCUUGUCUGUUUUAUAGGAAGUUGAAUAAAUAGUAUAUAAAACUACGUUCCCUGUAUUUAGACUUAAGAAUAAAAUUUGAUAUACUAUGGAUUAAACAUUUUGCGUAUUCGAUAUACGAAAACUCAUAGACAUAUUUAUAUAAAAAUAAAUUUGUUAUAAGUUUUGGAAAUCCAAAGCUUCACCUGUUUCUCUCAAUCAAAAAAGUUUUCAAACAAAAGGAAUCUGAUAUUGUAUUUUCUUGGGCUCGUAUGUGUAAAGAAAUAUAUGGUAUGUGCACACCCUAGAAGAACUGAUCGUGUUCAAUUUAUUCAGAGGCUGACGGGACCCAGUUUUUUUAAGAGUUUAUAUAUAAACAAAUAAUACUAUAACUUAUUUUUUAUUUGUAACGGAUUGUUGUUUUAGUAUAUCUACCUAAAGUAGAUUUUAGUUAAUAUUG